AUGUCCAUGAAGAAGGUAGAUGAGCAGACACUUGUUGACAUGCUUAACUUCCAAAACAAGAACAGCAGCUAUUUUGUCAAGUGGAUCCCCAACAACACGAAAACAGUUCUCUGUGACAUCCUACCCGAGGGGCUAAAUAUGUCCACCACCUUCACCUGCAACAGCAAGACCAAUGAGGAACUGUUAAAGCACAUCUUGGAACAGCUCCUGGCCAUGUUCAGGUGCAAGGUCAUUUUACACCAGUACACGAGGAAGGGCAUGGAUGAGAUCGAGUUCACCGAGGCCAAAAGCAACACGAAUGACCUUGUGUCCAAGUACCAGUAG